AUGGCAAUAUGUCUACUGAAUUUAGGUGAUGUGAUGGAUGCAUCUGCCAGUCAUCAUCAUGCGGUUCUUCCGCAGAACCCUUUGGAUCGUAUAAGGAGCAGGGCACGAAUCACCCCGUUUUGCCGUUGUUUCUCGCAUGAAACGAGCGAAUCGGAAACGGACGAGGAAACCACACCAGAAGGUGUUGGGAGAAACUGGAGUGGCUCCAUUUCUGAAGUAGUUCGUCAACGACUAGCUGUCGUUGGCGAAGCUUCAAGUCAAACGGCAGGGCCCAUAGUACUGCGACGUUCGCUGCCAGUUAAUAACAACAAUACUCCCGUCCAUCGCAUUGUGGAGUACUCUCAUCACCUCGUCCCCGAUGUUGAAAAAAUUCUGAGCGCCAGUUAUUACUGGGGAGUAAUGGAUCGCUUCCAAGCGGAACAACUAUUGGAGGGUAAAGCCGAAGGUACCUUUCUUCUUCGUGACAGCGCUCAGACAGAGUAUUUAUUUUCGGUGUCUUUUCGUCGGUAUCAGCGUACCUUGCAUGCAAGAAUAGAACAGCUUAUCGAGAAAUAUAAUGAUCCUGCAAGGUGCCUAUUUUUCGAGCCUCAACUCACACAACCACUUCAUCGUCGGCAUGUAUUUUCUCUUCAGGAACUUUGCAGAGGCGUUAUAAUUAGUCAUACGACCUACACUGGUGUGGCUUCAUUGCAUAUCCCGUCGAAGUUGAAGCAGUAUAUCAGAGAAUAUCACUACACGGUGGCAGUACGGACUACCAAAUUUGAACCAAGUGGCAAGGAAGCGGAAGGCUUUGGAGAGAAACAAGAAGAAAUGCAGAAGCACAAUGUGGGUUAUCUUAACGCUAAAAUGAGGGAGAUAAUCGACAUAGUACCUAUCGAAGGUUUGGAAUUGAGAGAAGUACAGGCCUUAGGUACUGUAGCGGAACAGCGGCGAAAAAAACAGCAAGAAAAGAGAGUGGUUCUCACGAAGGAAAAGGCUUUAAAAGUGAUUUCGUGCUUGGAAUCUGACGCUGCUAAUAUGCAAUCCAUCCGAGACGGAAGUGUGAGAACCGUUAGACUUCCUGAUAGAGACGUAGAACUGUUGAUAUACCUUGAGCAAAGAUAUGGAGAUGACUAUAAGGUGUGUUAA